UACAGGAUGCUGUGUUCUUGGCUCCUUUGUGAAUGUCUGUUGCUAGUAGCUGGUUAUGCUCAUGAUGAUGACUGGAUUGACCCCACAGACAUGCUUAACUAUGACGCUGCUUCAGGAACAAUGAGAAAAUCGCAGGCAAAAUAUGGUAUUUCAGGGGAAAAGGAUGUCAGUCCUGACUUGUCAUAUGCUGAUGAAAUAUCAGAAUGUUAUCACAAACUUGAUUCUUUAACUUAUAAGAUUGAUGAGUGCGAAAAGAAAAAGAGGGAAGACUAUGAAAGUCAAAGCAAUCCUGUUUUUAGGAGAUACUUAAAUAAGAUUUUAAUUGAAGCUGGAAAGCUUGGACUUCCUGAUGAAAACAAAGGCGAUGUGCAUUAUGAUGCCGAGAUUAUCCUUAAAAGAGAAACGUUGUUAGAAAUACAGAAGUUUCUCAGUGGAGAAGACUGGAAACCAGGUGCCUUGGAUGAUGCACUAAGUGAUAUUUUAAUUAAUUUUAAGUUGCAUGAUUUUGAAACAUGGAAGUGGCGAUUUGAAGAUUCCUUUGGAGUGGAUCCAUAUAAUGUGUUAAUGGUACUUCUUUGUCUGCUCUGCAUCGUGGUUUUAGUGGCUACCGAGCUGUGGACAUAUGUACGCUGGUACACUCAGUUGAGACGUGUUUUAAUCAUCAGCUUUCUGUUCAGUCUGGGAUGGAAUUGGAUGUAUUUAUAUAAGCUAGCUUUUGCACAGCAUCAGGCUGAAGUCGCCAAGAUGGAGCCAUUAAACAAUGUGUGUGCCGAGAAGAUGGACUGGACUGGAAGUAUCUGGGAAUGGUUUAGAAGUUCAUGGACCUAUAAGGAUGACCCAUGCCAAAAAUACUAUGAGCUCUUACUAGUCAACCCUAUUUGGUUGGUCCCACCAACAAAGGCACUUGCAGUUACGUUCACCACAUUUGUAACGGAGCCAUUGAAGCACAUUGGAAAAGGAACUGGGGAAUUCAUUAAAGCACUCAUGAAGGAAAUUCCAGCGCUGCUUCAUCUUCCAGUGCUGAUAAUUAUGGCAUUAGCCAUCCUGAGUUUCUGCUAUGGUGCUGGCAAAUCAGUUCAUGUGCUGAGACAUGUAGGCGGUCCUGAGAGAGAACCUCCCCAGGCACUUCGGCCACGGGAUAGAAGACGGCAGGAGGAAAUUGAUUACAGACCUGAUGGUGGGGCAGGUGAUGCAGAGUUCUAUUAUAGGGGCCACACUGGCCCCAUUGAGCAAGGCCCUUAUGCUAAAACAUAUGAGGGUAGAAGAGAGAUUUUGAGAGAGAGAGAUGUUGACUUGAGAUUUCAGACUGGCAACAAGAGCCCUGAAGUGCUCCGGGCAUUUGAUGUACCAGACGCAGAGGCACGAGAGCAUCCCACGGUGGUACCCGGUCAGAAAUCACCUGUUUUGGAUACAAAGCCCAAGGAGAUAGGUGGAAUCCUGGGGGAAGGCACACUGAAAGAAAGCAGUACUGAAAGCAGCCAGUCUGCCAAGCCUGUCUCUGGCCAAGACACAUCGGGGAAUACAGAAGGUUCACCUGCAGUGGAAAAGGCCCAGCUCAAGUCUGAAGCCGUGGGCAGCCCGGACCAAGGCAGCACAUACAGCCCCACAAGUGGUGUGGCUGGACCACGUGGACAGGAUCCGGUCAGCAGCCCCUGUGGCUAGAGGAACACCAGCACAAACGACAGCCUCAAGUCUCCUUCGAGCUCUGUAAAGUAACCUAACAAGCUGCCAAAGAACACAUCCCAAGUAAUCACAGAUGAUGAAGCACCUUUACAGGACACCUCCACCCUCAAACAUGCGCGUGUCCAGAGAAGUAGUAAUGCCUUAAUAGACUACUGAAGGUUAACUAUUUACAUUAUUCUAAAAAUAUUUUAAGCUGUAUUACAGUGCUAUAAAUUCUCCUUUUAAGGAAAAAAUUAAUAGAUUGUUUCCUUACCGUGUUCUGAAAGGAAAAAAAAAUACAUCUAUAGUAACUA